AUGGGCAACGAUAAGAAGAUCGGUGCCUACUAUGCACCAACCGGUGGUCUGCCACCGCAGACCCAGCUCCUGACCGACCGCGCCAUGUUCACCGAAGCCUACACAGUAAUCCCCAAAGGCACAUUCAGUGACAUCGUGACAAGCUUCCUCCCUUUCUGGGACAAGACACGGUUAUGGGUAAUUGCCCGCCCACUCUCCGGCUUCGCCGAAACAUUCUCACAGUACAUCAUGGAAGUACAACCAGGCGGUGGCAGUGACCGGGCAGAACUAGACGACGGCGCACAAGGCGUGUUGUUCGUUGUCGAGGGCCAAAUCACCAUCACCCUCGGUGGCGAAAAGCACACCCUCACCGAAGGCGGAUACGCAUACCUCCCACCAAAGAGCGGCUGGACACUUCGCAACGAGGGCGCAGAGACUGCCCGUUUCCAUUGGAUUCGCAAGGCCUACGAGGCUGUUGACGGUCUUGAUUACCCAACCCCGCUUUUCCUUAAUGAGAAGGAGAUUGCGCCGACGGUCAUGCCUGAUACUAAUGGCGCUUGGGCUACUACUCGCUUUGUGGACCCCACUGAUCUGCGCCAUGAUAUGCAUGUUACUAUUGUUACUUUCGAGCCUGGUGGUGUUAUUCCGUUUGCUGAGACUCAUGUUAUGGAGCAUGGUCUUUAUGUGCUUGAGGGUAAGGCUGUUUACCGUCUCAACCAGGAUUGGGUGGAGGUUGAGGCUGGUGAUUUCAUGUGGUUGCGUGCUUUCUGUCCGCAGGCUUGUUAUGCUGGUGGCCCCGGCAAGUUCCGCUACCUGCUUUAUAAAGAUGUGAACCGUCACAUGAAGUUGUCGCGGCUGUGA